CCAACCACCUGAAUAUCAUAUUCACCGCAUAUACCAACCUCCACGAUUAUCAAUGGCAAACCUCUGAGACAUUAUGGCAAUUGGUGCCUUGCAGUCCCAGUCUUCGAAUAUUGCGAGACUAAAUCAAGCUACGCCUCUCUCCCUUCUCUUCUUCCCUAUUCCUCCCAUUCCUUGUGCCAUCAAACAAGACGCAGGCAACUGACUUUCAGUUUUCAGCAACCUCUGAAUUUUAAAGCAUCGAUUGCGAUAUCUCUAAUUCAAUCCGCAUCGCGAAACUCGGACCUCCCAAGGACGAACCGAUCUGCCUUGACCACCUCUUGAACCGGGCGCUGUGCCGAUAUCUUGCCUGUGCUGAGUUUCCAUACUAUCCACCGUCCGCACGGACGGUUACCCGCCAAUACUCACGAGACUCUCAAAAGCCAUCUAUAUUGAACAUUGAGCACCAUGGCACCUAGAUUCGCAACAGGAUGGAGGAGAUUCGUGCCGUUCAUAGGCUACCACCAUGUCCUGAUGAUCUUCAUAGCCAUUGCAAUCAUCCUAUUAUCACUUCUUCUUGCAGGAUGUUCAUCGACCUCCCCUCUGAUACCCGACAUCUAUCUCAUCUCCCUGUACUACCAACAAUACCCUCCUGUUUUCAGUGCAGUCCAGGUCGACCCAGGGGUUUCGACUGCCAUCGCCAACAUUGUGAAUGAGGCCGAUCUCACUGUAAGAGUUGGAUACUUUGGCAUAUGUAUCAAGGCCGAUGGCGGCGCAUGGAUGUGCAACCAGAAUUCGACCGCCCUUGCAGAUCUGGUCAGCGUUGAUCAAGACCCUCUCAACCUGAUAUGGGUGGCCAGUACUUUUAAGAACGCCAUUGUCUUCCCAUACCUCCUCAUCAUCGCCAUCGUCCUCGCCUUCCUGACCUUUAUCCUCCUCGCAACAUUCCCCGGUUGGCACACGAGUACCGGGCCAGAUGGCUCCGAACACGAAGUACGGCCGUUCCCUUCAAGAGCUGUGUCACAAGUGGCGUUGGCAACCAUCUUCAUAGCAUCAGUUUUUGUACUGGUGUCUGUGAUGUGGCAGCACACGGCGGCUGUGGCGGCAAGCAUAGUGACCAGGGAUCUCGGCAAUGGAAGUGUCAAGUCCGGAGUCGGAACAGCCGCAGUGGUCCUAGGAUGGUUCGGCUUUGGACUCCUUGUGAUAGUGACACUAGGACUGCUGGUGAUGAUACUGAGUAUACAGUUGUUGGACCGACUUACUGAUGAGGACUAAACUGCAUUGCACAACGGAGAAUGAGCGACUUGGAUUUAUUAAUGCAUAUGAGAGAAAGCCAUCGGAUCUCUCAUGGACGAAUGGAUAUGACGGCAAAUGGCGUUCGACAAGAUACAAAUUCGAAUUAGGUGUUAAGCAUUUCUUCAAAGCAGCCGUAUCUCAUACCCCGUUAGGGAGGAGAGGACAGAUUGAGAGGACGUUGAACGCGAUUACCGGUUACAAAUCUGGUACAUAUGAAGGAAUUCUACAAAUUGCUGGAAAAAUUGAAGUUUGGGGAUCAACGGGGAUACGUGAUAAUGUUGUGAAAUGGAUAGAUUGAUGGGAAAAGGGACUGCAAAUAUGUGAUACUGGGCACAAAAACACACCAACCAACAUGUACACUUUUUGACACGAUAGACAGAAAUGCUGAAACACCAUUUUCUCGACUUGUUUACUGUCGUUAGACUUGUACUCGUACAGAGGACUCAUGCGGAAUUCUUUGUUGUUCCACAGGUACACGUACCUAGUUAACUGGUAG